AUAACGUUAGCUUGCUAGCCGCUAGCCGUGGCAAACAAUAUAAAAAUCUAUUGAGUUUCGCUUCUUAAUUUCGUGCCAUAUGGCACUUAAUUGCAACAAUGUAAAUCUUCCGAACCACCCAUACCGUGACCCCGGCCAUUUUAAUGCUCGUUAUUUAUCGACUAACACAAUUAAUUGAAAGCUAUGUCAUAAUACAUCUGGUAUUAUUUGCUAACGUUAGCCAGGAUAGCUGCUAGCUAAAGUAAACGGCCCCACUAUUGCCAUGGUAAUUUACUGAAGAUGGCGAAAGAAGGCGAAGACGCACAGCCGACAACUGCAGCUAACUAAAGGGAAUUGUCUGGCACAAUAACAGGUCAGCCGUAUCUAACCUGCUGUUAUACUCAACUCAAGAUGGAGCAGGUUCUGGAUGAUAUAGUGAACCUUGUGAUGGAGCACCCAGCUGGGAUCCCCCUUAAUAAGCUGACCGUACUCUACAGCCAGACGUACCACAGGAACCUGACUUUAUCCCCGGGCUUCAACUCCUUAGCUAGCCUGGUUGCCCAUGUAAAUGAAGAUCUAAUUGUGGAGGGGAAACUGGUGUUUCACAAAAAACACCAUCGUGCCAAGCAGGCUGGAGCUGAAACAUCAACAAAAGCUAAACAGGACUGCAAGAAUUUGGAUGUUUUGGAAAAUAUAGUGGACAUGCUAAAGCAACACUCUGCUGGGAUCCCCCUGAAAAAGCUGUCAAUGUAUUACAACCAGACAUACCAUAAGAACCUAUCCAAGGGAGACCUUGGCUUCAACUCCAUGGCUAGCCUGGUAGCUUCUAUGGAUAAGGAUCUGGUUGUGCAGGGGGAAGUGGUGUUUCACAAGGACCAUUACCUUGAAAGUCGAGCUGGAGCUAGACCUGGAGCUGAAGACAGAGCUGGAGCUAGAACCGGAGCUGAAGCCAAAGCUGAAGCCAAGGCUGGAGCAAAAACUGGAGCCAAAGCUGGAGCCAAAGCUGGAGCCAAAGCUGAAGCCAAAGCUGAAGCCAAGGCUGGAGCAAAAGCUGGAGCCAAAGCUGGAGCCAAAGCUGAAGCCAAAGCUGAAGCUAAAGCUGGAGCCAAAGCUGAAGCCAAAGCUGAAGCCAAAGCUGAAGCUAAAGCUGGAGCCAAAUCUGGAGCUAGGGCAUUAGCAAAAGCUACACAUGACAGUAGGUCUGCAACACCACAGAGGACUGAAUCACUUCUCACUACCCCUGUUGUUACAAUGCCACAGGUGAAUCUCAGCUCUCACUGUGUGCCUACCACUCAGACAGGGAUGGACCUUUUAGGUCCUCCUUUGAUUUCCUUCCACUCUCCUGUUCCUGUUAGCACAGUCUUUACUGUAUCCAUGCCAGCUGAGAAAUUGACCCAACAGCAGCUGUACCAGAGGGUCAUAGAGGUGAUGAGGAAGUACCCGUUGGCUGGGCUUUCAAUGGACCAGCUCCAGGCCUGCUAUGUUCAGCAUUAUAGUGAACAGUUUCCUUUGGCCCAGUACAUGUCUCUGUAUGACACAUGGGAAGCAUCAAACCCUCCAUCUAAACCAACAGCAGAUCCUGUGACUAUACUACAACUGGAGACAACUGCAGCAGCACAGGAUCUGAGCAGAGAGCCUGACAAGGUGCAGCCACAACAGGCUGCUGAGUCCAAUUUCCUCUCUGCUGCUAACUUCCCAGCACUGGGGGCAGAUGUGAGUUUGACCAAAGAGCAGAAGAGCAAACCCAGAGUUGCAACCCAGAGAGAGAGCGGUGUCCCCGUGUUCAAAGAAGCAUAUCACGCCCAGCUGAGAGAGGUCCAUGGAGCUAAUCUGCGGGCAGUGGAGGCUAUGGAGGAGGACGAGGAGGAUCUGGCAGGGAGGAGGAAGAGGAAAAGUGUCCUGAAUCAGGAGACGGUCAACAGUCUGAUGGAAGAUGUAAUACGAGAAAUUGCCACUGAGGGCGAGCUGGUCACCAAAGAGAAGGUGAUAUCCAGGGUGUGUCGGCUGAUGCAGAUCCCAUCUUUGGAUGCAGCAAGGAUAAAACCCUGGUCCAUUCCAGCUCUUAAAGACCUUCAAUACAUCAUGAGAGAGGUCAACAUGUUCAUCGAGUGCACUGAAUCCGUGACAUCCAUCUGUACCCUGUAUGAGCUGGGCCAAUCACUGGCCGCACUAAAGGACAAGAAACACUAUGAGGAGCUGAACCUGGGGCCCCUCUGCAAACUCCCCCUUGUCCACCGCAUGUUCAAGAUCGACAGUAACACAAAGGAUGAUGACAUCCACCAGAUCGAGACAGUAGACAUCUUAAAGCAACUUCGCCUUUUCAGGAGGCAGCAGAGCAAGCCGAAAGUAGACCUAGCUGAGUUCAUGAAGUAUCUGGCUGACCACUACAACUGUGACUCUCCCUACGAGCUGGGUGUCAGGAUUCACAGUGUAGGGCUGCCCAUAGCGACCUUAAUGAAAGCAAGUCGUAGUGAGCACACCAAUUUGGAGCGAGCCAGGGAAAUCAUCCAGAAGGAGUUGGAGGAGGAGACGAAUGAGCGACUAAGGAAGCUAAAGAAGAACGCACUGGAGCCAGUUCAAGGAGCAGGUUUCUUCUCCUCCGCAGGCAGCCUGGACCUCAGGAAGAAGUACGUUUCCAUGUCGGCAACCGAGCUCGUACUUGCAGUCUUCACAAAUGCAGAGGGGUUGUUCAAUCCCAAGAUGACAAAGCACGUCCAGAACUUCCUGCUGCAGGUGUCAGAUAACCAUCUGGCAAAGGCUCUGUUUCAGCUGGCCAUCUGCGGAGGCUCCCUGGCUGUUCCACAAGACCUGGUUCCCAAAGAGAAGGCAUCAAAAUCCACUGAACAAACUAAAACAGAGGGCAAACCCACCACAUCCAUCCCUAGUGAAGCCAAAAUCAAGCAGUUCCUUAAAGACAGCCUGUCCUCUCAGAACUCAACCUUCACUUUGGCCCACAUGGCCUCUUUGGAGAAGAAGUUGAUCAAACACUUCCAGGUUAAAAGUUUCCUCUCUUUAGAGCAAGGCAACUUUCUGGAGUUCCUGGUUAAACACGUUCAGCUGCUGCAGGACACACUGGGAUCUACUGUGAUUCUGGGCAGUGGCAGCAUGGCACUUGCAGGCAGUGGUUUCAGACCAACUAGACAAGACGUGUUUGAGUUCAUCAACCAGUGUGGCGACAUAUCGUCCACUGAUCCAGAUGAACUUUCCCACAUUGAGUCAGCACUGAGGUCCCACUACAGGGUGAGGGACAGUCGUGAACUGGGCUACGGCACCCUGCACAUGCUGGCUGGUCUGGUCCAGUGCCAGAGAACGCUUGCUGGAGGUGGACUGAGCCCAGUCUACUACGAGUCAGCGCUGUUUGCCAAACACUGCAAAUCAAGGAACAGCGGACAUGAGAUGUCCAAGGCCCAGGCCCUGGCCAGCUUGCUCUCCUGCCCUCUGCUGGAGGAUUUGAGUGAGUGGAGCCAAUGGGAGCUGAUUUUUAAACCCUUUCACGGCUCCCUCAAAGAGUUCAUCGAAAGAAAUGCAGCUAACACAGGCCUGGCUGCGUUGGAGGUGACGCCAGGUUUGCUGCUCAGGAUCACCACACACACAGGGGACAAGCAUUUCUCCAGCGCUGCCAUGAACCUCGACCCAGUUGGCACAGCCGGUCACCUCGUCUCCAUGGUGGUAGCCGAUGGCAUCGACAAUGCUCCCACGGCCCUGCUGGCCAAUCACAUGCGCAGCUCCCUGGACGCAGCUAUGGCUAAAGAAGUUUUGUCCCAGGAUGAAGAGGAUGUGUCAUUUUACAGCAGAGUGGCCCAAUUCCUCUUGGCGUGUUUGACGAGAAUCCCCACACGAACCUGCCAGGCUCUUUUGCAGCAGGUGUUUUUGGUGCCUUUCUCACAUGUUUUGGGCCAAGCCAAGUCUAAGCAGAUCCUGAUCACCGUUGCCCAGUCUGACCCGAGGCACAUGAACUGUCUACAUCAGCUGGGUAUCCUCCUGGGCAUCACAGAAUGGGAGAAAGACUACCUGAAAAAACUGAACCCACCACAGAGCCAAAACCACAACAUGCACACUGCUGCCGCAGAACAGAAGUCUAAUUUGAUCGACUCUGAGAGCAGCAGUCUGUCAGCUCUAAAUAUGAGUGAAGAUGAGUAUCUUGAGGAUAACAUCAUGGACCACAGCUUUGCCUCCUCCCAUCUCAGCCAGAGCGUGCAACAAGUCAAUGGCGAGGAAGACGUAGAGGUUGAGGAGGUAGAAGAUGAAGAGGAGCUGUAUGAGUUUGCGUCACUGCCUAACGGGGAGACAUCAGACGUCAGCAGUGAAGCUGAAGGAGGCCAGGACGACGAACAGUCAGAAAUGUCUAAUCAUGCCAGCUGCCAAUCAGAGACCACGUUAGAUCUCCAAAGAUCCAUAAUUGAGGACAUCAGGAAGAGUGAGUUUGGUAUCGGUGUGGAACUGAACGCCGAAGGCCAGAAGCUGAUGCAGGUCAGCCAGGACAGGCUGGGCCGCAGCUUGGACCGCCUCUCUACUGAGCUCUACAGCAAAGACACACACUUUGUCCUGGAACUCAUUCAGAAUGCUGAUGACAACAUUUAUCCAUCAGAGGGUGGUGUUAUUCCAGCGCUGGCCUUUGUGGUGGAGAGAGACUGCAUCACCGUUCUCAACAAUGAGACCGGCUUCCAGGAGAAGAACAUCAGGGCCAUCUGUGAUGUGGGUCGCAGCACCAAGGGCAAACACAAAUAUGGAUAUAUAGGACAAAAGGGCAUUGGUUUCAAGUCAGUGUUUAAAGUCACAGACUGUCCUGAGAUCCACUCCAAUGGCUUCCACUUGCGCUUCGACAAGAUGUGCGGCCCCAUGGGAUACAUCCUCCCCCACUGGGCUGAAGACGAGAGGCAUCUGGACAGCCAGCUGACGGACGUGAAUCCGCACAGCUGGACCACUAAGAUCUGCCUUCCUCUGCGGUCCGAGAGCCAUCAGACCAGGAACCUGUUUCAUGACGUGCACCCCUCCCUGCUGCUGUUCCUGCACCGCCUGCGCUCCAUCACCAUCUACAAUCAGAGUGAGAAGCGCCUUGUGACGAUGACCCGUAAAGACCUGAGUCACAACAUGUUAGAGGUGGAGCACACUGAGGGCAUCGAGCGCUGGCUAGUGGUCAAAACUACAGUGCAGCCCAGGAAGAUCAAAGAGGAUGUCGAGUCCACCGAGCUUGCCCUAGCGUUCCAGCUUGAUGGCAACAUCACAGAAAGUGACACUGUAUGCCAGCCACAGAAACAACCUGUGUUUGCUUACCUGCCCCUUCGCAGCUUCGGCUUCCGUUUCAUCAUCCAAGGUGACUUUGACAUCCCUUCCUCUCGGGAAGACGUUGACAGAGACAGCUCAUGGAACCAGUGGCUUCGCUCUGAGAUACCUCAGCUCUUCCUCCAGGCCAUGGAUGUCUUCACUAAUCACCCAGAGUUCAGGGGUCUGAAGGGCCUGUGCCAGUUCCUGCAGUUUAUCCCCCUGCCUGACGAGGUGUUGGACUUCUUCAAGCCAGUUGCUGGGCAGAUUAUUCAGCUGCUCAAGGGCAAGCCCUUCCUGCCUACACUCAGCUCAGAUGGUAAGGUUGUGUACAAGCUGCCAUCCCAAGUGGCCGUCUGUCACGACGCUGUGAUCCGUGACGUGAUUGGCGGAGAGGAGCUUGAAAGGCAUCUGUCUCUGUCUUAUCUCCAUCCGGGUUUGAGCAACUCCCUGCCCACCUCCCUGCUCACGCACCUAGGAGUCCAAUACCUGCGGGGAUCUGAUGUUUCUACGGUAACCACAGCCAUGGCCAAGGAACUGAUGAGAGUGGAAGGCAUCAAUUCAGACAGUGGCCUGCAUCAGCUGGCCAGGCUGCUGGUUUGCAACUUCCGAGCUAUGGAGCACGGCUACGGAGAGGCAGACUCCAUCUUGCAAACCCUCAGGGAUCUACCCAUAAUCCCCUUGGCUAACGGACGGAUGGUGGCACUAAAUGGAGAGGGAGUGUUCUUUCCAAUGGAAGAGAACAAGACCAAAAAGAAGAAAGCUCAAGCUCAGACAGGACCUCUGUCUGCAUUGUACAAGGAUGUAAACGUAGUUCACCCCUCUCUGCUGAGCUGUGUGGAGCCUCUGGAGAGUCAGCAGGUUCGGGAGCUGCUGAGGAGACUUGGAGUUCAUGAACUGGAGCCUCAGGAGUUGCUGGAGCAGCACAUCUACCCUUCAUUACAGAACAACAAGUGGAAGUCAAAGUCCGAGGCAGUCGUGGUGAGCUACUUGGUUUUCAUCAAGCAGCAUUCCUCCUCCAGCCAGGAGUACUCGGACAUGGUAGUACCCGUCCUCACCAGCAGGGGUCUGCUGUGCCCGGCCAAUGAAAGGGUGCAUUUCUCUGAAGAGUACGGCAACAUUAAUCUGACAAAGCAACUGCCUGGCUACGAUUGGGUCUUGUUGAGUCCCUGCUACGUACAGACCGACGGCGAUGUAGCGGGAUGGAGAGAGCUGUUCAGCCGACUGGGAGUCAGAGACGGUCUCAUCAUCCGCAAAGAGCGACAAACCCUCACCGCCAAAGAACUGGACUCUGGUCCCUGGUCAGCAGAAAGUGCAUCGUGGCACCGGAAUCCAAGGGAGGACUGUGUGCUCGAUGACUACCCCUGUGAGGAGUUUCAUGCACUGGCCACAGCCCAGCUGCCUGACUCCCUGCUCCUUCAGCAGAGAAUGACCUUGCUGAAGUUGCUGGCAACCAACUGGGAUACUGGACACUGCUACUCUCAGUACCUAACAGCUAAGGUGAUUGACAGUGAUGGACAAGAAAUCAAAAGCACCACAUCCUCCUUCUACCACUUCUUGCGUUGCCUUGAAUGGGUGCCAGCAUACCGCCCGCUGGAAGGAGAACAGCAAGAGAAAAUCUACCUCCGUCCAAGCUCCGUCUACUUGAGCUCACCUGAGGUCAAAGGGCUCCUGGGGACUCAUGUGUCUUACGUGGACAUAGACCCCAGCAGGUUUACCCAAGCUCUAGGAAUGAGACAAACUAUCUCAGUGGAUGCUCUGAUUAACUACCUGAAGAAGUGGUGUGUCAAACCAGAAGCAGAGAACCAUGAGCAGAGACUACCUGAUGAUGAGUUGGAGGGGGCGCAAUUCACUUCCACAGUGCAGCACAUCCACAACGUCUACAGCUAUCUGCAUGAGAACUGUCCCCAGAACAGCCUGAAGGAGCUGUUCCAGCAUACCCCUGCUGUUUUCGUAGAGUACAACAGGAGAAAUGGUGACUGGUGUUCAGGACGUUUCUACCAUCUGAAGGAGGUGUGCUGGAAUGACACGACAGGCAUGUUCCAGCGCUAUAGGUUGCUGACUCACAAUCCAGACAGCCCUGUUCAGGAACCCAAGGUCCUGGCUCCCUUCUACACCCCACUGGAUGGCAUGAAGAUCUUCUUCACCAGACUACUAAAUGUGGAUCACAGUCCUAACAUGAAUCAGUACGUCGGCUUGUUGGAACUGAUCUGUUCGUCGUCUCCCAUACCAACUGCUGAAGUGCUGCAGGAUGUGUCGGUGCUCUAUGCCAAACUUGCUCAAAAGUGUACAAUUCCAGUAUCUGGUGACCAGGAAAACUUCCAGCCCAGACUCGAUCAUGGUUACUGCUCCACCUUGAAGGGUAUGGUGUCUGAUAAGAGGGUCUUCCCCACCAAGGAUAACUGCUGGGUGAGCCUGGCUCGCAAACCCAUGAUCACUGACAACAAAGACCUGGAAAAGAUCUUUAAACCUCACAAGCAGGUCUGUCUGCUCAACCUGCCACCAGCAGAGAAGAAGACUCUUCGCAGGAGCAAGACUGGGAACAUUGUACUGAGAGACCAAGCUAACGUCGUAUCUACCUUUAACGAGAAGGACCGAUUUUUGUUCCUGGAGAUCUGUGGGAUCCGUCAGCUGUCCGAGUGUGUCAAGACCGAGCCUCAGACUGAGAACCUGAGACCCUGCCCGCCUAUGCAGGCCAUGGUGCGCUCCGUCAUACCUUACAUCCAGAGGUUCCUCUACCACCAUGACGAGCUGUCUGAAGUCUACUCAGAGCUGAUUGACAACAACAUCGGAGAGAAAAUCAAGAGACUUUACUUCGGACAGGUGGGUAAGCUGUACAUUCGCUACCAGCUGGAUGUUGACGACAGUGAGGUGGUGGAGCUGCAGGAUGUGAUCUGCCUGCUGAAGGACAUGAAGGAGCUUUACAUCCAGAAAGAUCACCUCUCAGCCAAGCUGGAUAUCUGCAGGGAGCUGGUGAAAAUGUUCUGCACAGAGAGCAGCCACAGGAAAGAGCUGAUGCCUUUCCUGACUGGCCUGAUAACCUCACUUGGCGACUCAGAAUCCCUAAAGAGAUUCUUGCUCAAGGAGGACAUCAGAGAACUGCCCAGCGAUGAGGAGGUGUGGGAGGUCCCAGAGCCCCCCAAACCAGAUAUGAGCUUGGAGAGAGUGCUAUCAAGGAGUUACUCCUCCACCAGCACCCAAGAGGAGCCACCUCGUCCCGCACAGCAGGAUGGGGAACAGACGCUGAUUUGUUGGCCUCCUCGGGCAUCCAUACUGAACACUGGAGCCAGUCGCACAGCAGUUCAAGCAGACAGUGGCGCGGUAGAUGCCGUCAUGAAGAUGUGGCCGCCUCCCGCUGGGCCAAAAAACAGAGACCCGGAGAAGGACGUCGCCCACAGAGAAAGCAGCCAGAGUCCGCUGCAGCCAGCUAGCAGCAGCAGCAGCAUACACGAGGCAAACCAGCCGCUCAGGAGCAGCAGACCUACAGACCAGCCUGUCCUUCAGAGAGUCCUCAGCCAUCCUGUCCAACCUAAACCAGCUGCUGUGACCUCCAACGCACCACCACCUCCAGAACGCAGUCAACAGAGUGAAACCGCUGAGUCUGACAGAGAGGAAAGCCUCGCAGCUCCCAAACCUCCAUCUGCACAGCCUGCUGAGACGGCCAACGAGCAACCGGCUCCAAACAGCCUCGCCAUCCCUGAUGCCAUGGUGCUGUCCAGUACCUUCCAGGGGGCUGCAGCCACCGCAGAGAGUCAGCGUCCUCCUCUGAACCUGGACUUCCCUCAGUGGAAUGGACACGCCACACUGGAGGACAUGGCGCUGACCUGCCAGAGACCCACUACAGUGGUGUUGUCCGACGACAUAGGAGACGUGGCAGCAAUCGGCGAGUGGGGGGAGCAGCUGGUUAACUCCUUCCUGUGCCACUGGAGAGACAGCGGUGAGCCCGGACGACCCGCGCACGUCCUGUGGUGCAAUCAGAGCGGAGAGAGUGGCCAGCCGUACGACUUCAGGCUCACCUUCGAAGCCGCGGGAGGGCCGGGGGUGGUGUAUGUGGAGGUGAAGUCGACUAUAAAGAAAGAGAAGUCAUUCAUCCACCUCUCUGCCAACGAGCUGGACUUUGCACUGAAAGAGAAGGAGCGAUAUCACAUAUUCCGAGUGUACAGUGCAGGAGACGCCCAGAACGUUCGCCUGUGUCGCAUUCAGAACCUGGCGCAGCAUCUCCACACCAAAGACCUGGCACUUUAUCUGUUUGUAUGAGUCUUUGUACAUUUGUGGAGAUAUUUGCACUAUAUUAACCCACACCACUGACACGCCAAACAUUCAUCUGCCUUUUAAAGUUAUUCCUAACUGCACUGAUUUUAGUUCUUUUAAUCUGUGUCCAACCUGCUGUCUAUUAUUUUACCUGCUACUGAGAACAAUGAGCACAUUCCUUUGUCACUUGAUAUUUUUAUUGGCAACAAACUAUACACAGUGUCCUGUGUUUUUUAGUGAGUGUUCAGUGGAUAUACUGAAUGUUUUUAACCUUUUUUUACCCCCCCCCUACCUCACAUUUACUCUGGCAUUCCUUUGAAAUAAAAGCCUUUUUCUGUCUGUAACAGUUUGACUA